AUGAUCACUACAAUGCAACUUGGCAGCAUUCACACCUGCCCCCCGGAAAUAUGGACCCGGAUCUUCGCAUUUGCAUGCACCGACGACGGGGCGACAGGUCGCAGCCUCGCUUUGGUCUCUCGAUAUGUCAGGGAGACCUCCGAGCCCGUGAGGUUUGAGAGGGUGGUGUUGAAGGGUGUGGAGAAGAUUGUAGCUUUUGCGGAUAUGCUGGAGGCAUUGGAGGAGGGGAAGAGAAGUGUCAAUACACUGGAUAUUGUUGUCGACGUGGAUGCGGAGGAAGGCACGAACGUCGAGGAGAAGGAAAUGAGGAAGAACGAAGAACUGGACAGUCAUGCCUAUCUCAAUUCCUUACAUCGCAAAACCAAGUGCACGCGAUCUAUCACUGUUCCACACGAAUGUCGCAGCCGAGGCAUCGUGGCUUCCGGUGCAAUAACUCAUAUCCUAGACAUGGUCGCGCCGCACCUGCAGGAUCUGUCGAUCUGGUUCAACGCGACGUACGAGCGGACCUUCGUCUUCCUUCCGAAUGUAGACAUGCCAGAGUUACGGAGGUUCGCCUUCAGAGGAGAGAGAGUGCCAUUCUUCUCCGGUAGCAGCGGAAACGGUCAGAUCAAGUGCGAGAAGUUAAAGGAGAUGACAGUGGUGUGGGACCAAUUUCCGAUGGACGUGGUCCGACACGUCAAAGCGAUCUCGGGCCAACUGAUGGCCUUGAAGAUAGUGUGUCGGUCGCCUGGGGACUUCAUGACUCUCGUAGGACUGGCAUGGCAAAGGGAGCAAGGCGAUGUUGAAGAAUGCUGUGAAGAGAACGACACAUUCAAGGGCGGACUACCCGAGCAGAUUGUUUGCUGCCGGAUGGCAGGUAGCGUGGAAGAGGGGGAAUGGGACGCGCUGAGGAAAAGUCUGGAAGAGGAUUCGAGGUUCAGUGUGUUGUAA